UUUGAUGAGAAAAGAGAGUUGAAUCGUGUUUUAAUUAUUCAUCAAUUCUGAACGAUGAACAUGAAUAAUAACUGAUGCUAGGUAUCACUUGCUUUGUAAUCCAUAACAAUUUAUUAUCUUCAAAUAAAGUUGCGAAUAUAUUGGAUCACGCGAAAAACGGUGGAAAUAUCUCUCGAGAUACCAAAAGAAAUUUUUGUUUCUGCCACAUAGAUAAGAACUAUUUACAUCCCACGACUGUCAGAAUAUCAGGUUUGUUUACAGCGUUGUUUUAAGAAAGAGAUGACGACUUUGCGUCAAAUGAAGGACUUAGUUCUUUUUAUUUUGACAACGUACCAUCUUUGUCAGGUACAUUGUCGACUUACACCCGAAACAAUAGCGAUUAAGAGAUUUUUACACGGGUGUCCGAUCGCUCUUCAGUGUAUGCUUCCACCAUGUGAAAAUCCCGUGUUUGGACCUGGGAACUGCUGUGGAUCGUGUCCGGAGCCUGACACAACCCCGGUCGCCAAUCCGUCAGCAACCCACGGUGAACCUGGCGUAACAAUCAAUCAUCUGCCGUCGCAGAACAAUGCUGGGCGGUUCAGACGCAUACCAUACGUAAGGAGAAAGGCCAAUCCUAAACCGGUCAAGAGGACUGCACCUCCGACCACCACCCAAAAUCCACCGACCACCACAGAACCCCCGCCAACAACAACAACAACGCAACCCACAACUAUAGAUUGUCCAUACCCAUGUACUUACUAUGGACAGCAUUACUGUCACCUACUGCCAUGCCAUAUUACUUGCGUGGAUGCUGUACGGCCGCCGGGCGCGUGCUGCUACGAAUGUCCCAACGGUCCGAACUGUAUGUACCAGGGUACCGUCAUACCGGAAGGACAGAACGCUACUGUGGACGGCGGAGAGGUGGUGUUUUGUUCCAGCGGGGAUUUGUUUGGCGGAUCUGUGAUAGUUUAUCCAGUUCCGGAGGUCGUCGGCUAACGCAUCCCGGGCCACGGCGGAUCUGUGAUGGUUUUAUCCAGUUGAUGCGGUAGUCGACUAACGCAUGUCUGCGAUUAUAUUUCAUGUCAUGCUUUUUAAAAGCUUCCAUACGAAAUAAACUCUAACAAGACCUUAAAGACCUUAAACUUGUUUAAACAUAUAUAUAUAUAUAUAUAUAUCCGCUUUUCCAAUACUGCCUUAAAAACAAAUAAUUGGACCAGCUCUUGGGACUUAAGCCGAUUUAAAAAAAGUGUUAGUCAAAAUUAACAUAUUUAAAAACUUUUUAAAAUUAAUUUUACAAUAUAUCCGGACUAUAGAGUACUAUGACAUGGAAAUAAUUUCAAUUAAGCACACACGUACCUAAGCUGCACGUAUUAUUUUAUUUUAUUUAUUUAUUUGCAAUAUUUCAAAAUAACCUCAUCGAUUAUCGAUUAUCGACGCAAAAAGAUUCCUAGCAAAAACAAUAAUAGAAGGUCAA